CCAGGAGCGUUCCUUGCAACAGCCGGCGGCUUCACGCGAACAAGACACUUUUGUCUUUUCUGCAGCAGUAAUCGACGCCUCUGAAGCAAAUUGCAUUUGUAGACAAAUUAUUGGAUCUUUGAACUAAGAGACGGCUUAUUGCACGGGAGAGCCAGAAAAGAGCGCAGGAGGGGGAGAGCUGCGCCCAACAAGUUACUUACUCCAUCCCGUUGUUGGGAUUAAAUGAAAAACACUUUUCAGUUACAAAUGAUAGCAAUGGAUAAACUGAUUGUAUUUAUUUUUUUAAGGCUGUGCAAUCCUAAACGGGCUUACUGGGACGCUAACUUCCUCGAAAGAAACAGGGCUUUCCUUGCUCACAAUAAGGACUUCAGGGAAGAUACGUUUCGAAUGGAUCAUGUGGCAGUGUGAAAUAGAUCGGAGAUCUAAGAAAGCCCUCCCAACUUAGUUUGUCCAUGUUGUGCCGCGUAUGCCCUCUCCCCUUCCCCGGCCACAGGCUCCCCCUCCCCACGAGCAACACCGCCUCCGAGGGGCUCUGUUGGGGCGCCGCCACGUUCCGCGACCGGCCCAAGGAAGCAGCGCUCUCCUUGCUGCCGGCCGGCAGCCAGGGCGGAUCCUUGCAGCUUCGGCGCCGGGGAAGGCGCGGACUGAGGCGCAAAGCUCUCGUCGAGGUCUCCAACUCACGAUCCCGCUUGGCUCCAGGGAUCGUGCCGGCGGCAGGGCCCCGCCUCGGGAUCUCCAAACUUGGAAGGGGCGAUGGGCUCUCUCCACUGGCCAGGCGCAGCCCGGCCCGCGAGGAGGACCCACCCCGGGGGAGGCGAGAAGCCGCGCUCACCGUUGCCCUUUGGGCGCCGUCUGGCGUGAAGCCUCUUCGGCGGCGCGCCAUGAAGGUCGAGUUCGCCCCGCUCAACAUCCCCCUGGCGAGGAGGCUGCAGACGGCCGCCGUCUUUCAAUGGGUCUUCUCGUUCCUGCUGCUAGCACAAUGCUGCUGUGGAAUCUUCAUGAUCUUUGUGUUUGGAGAUUACUGGUUUAUCUCAGCUAUUUAUGCGCUCUGGCUCUACCUCGACUGGGAAACCCCCCAAACUGGGGGGCGAAGAUCCAAGUGGGUCAGAAACUGGACUGUGUGGAGAUACUUUAAGGAAUACUUUCCAAUUCAGCUCAUAAAAACCUCGGAUUUGGAUCCAAGCCAGAACUACCUCUUUGGGUUUCAUCCUCAUGGCGUCCUUGUCGCUGGAGCUUUUGGAAACUUUUGCACAGAAUACACAGGUUUUAAGAAGUUAUUCCCUGGUCUGACUCCAUACCUACACAUCUUGCCUUUCUGGUUCAGGUGUCCUUUCUUCAGAGACUAUAUUAUGUGUGCAGGGCUGGUUUCAGCAUCUAAGAAGAGUGUGUCUCAUGUGCUCAGCCACGAAGGCGGUGGAAAUGUUGCUGUGAUUGUAAUUGGAGGAGCAGAAGAGUCUUUAGAUGCCCGUCCUGGAAGCUUAACUCUUAGCAUCCUCAAAAGGAAAGGGUUCAUUAAGGUGGCUUUGAAACAUGGGGCUCAACUGGUCCCAGUGUUUUCUUUUGGGGAAAAUGAACUGUUCAAACAAGUUGCAAACCCCAAAGGAUCAAGGCUCAGAACAUUGCAAGAGAAACUGCAGAAGAUUAUGGGGUUUGCAUUGCCUUUGUUUCAUGGCAGAGGAAUCUUUCAAUAUAGCUUUGGCGUGAUGCCUUACAGGAAACCUGUUCACACUAUUGUUGGGAACCCUAUUGCGGUGAAACAGAAUCUGAAUCCCACCGUUGAAGAAAUUAAUCAACUCCAUGAGAAAUAUCUGCAGGAACUCCAGGAGUUAUUUGACAAAAACAAAGAAAAGUACGGGAUAUCAGAGCACGCAUCUCUCACAUUUACCUAAAUGCAGGUUCAAGUACAAGGAGAAUCUGAUUCAGAAGAGUUGCUUGCUGGUGAAAAGCAACCUUUUACCCCAUCCUACCCUUCUCUCCAACAACUUACAAGAGUUACAAUCUUCUUGUGUAGCUGGGUACAAUGUGACGCAUUUGCUUUUAAAAAAAAUGAUUUGCGGUUCUCUCUGUGUUUUUGUAUACUGUGUUUUUCUCUAUUGUCUGGGAAUGCAUUUUUAUUCCUUCUCUCAAUGGAUGCAAUUCUGCAACAAAACAUUGCAAAUCUACAAAGAAUCCUAAUGCUUUUUAAUCUUGUGCUUUUUCCGAGACAGACUCAAUCUGUAAGCACAGAUAAUUGGUCUGUACUAUGUGAAGAAAGCGCUCAUGGAAUAAGUCUAGGGCUCCCAUGUCAUCAGUCUUGUUCCUCCAGGAAAUUUUUCCUACCUUUGAAACAGGUAGGGAUUUUGCAGAGGUACGCUCUUGCAGAGUUCAGUUAGUAUCCGAGUGGUUGCAGCAGAGAAGCCUUUGGUUUGUUUGUUUUUUUGAAAGAGAACUGUAUUGUGUCCAUCUGAGUUGACUGAAUAAUUUUAAAUGUUUCUGAUGAAUGCUCGUGUAUGGCUUGUUGCCUAGCUAUUGAUCUGUAUUUAACUAUGUAAUGCAGUUUGUGGCAUAUUCAGCAUUCCUAAGCCAUAUGGUAUUGUACUUGAAGUGAUUUAAUAAGCCAAAGAUGCUCAUUUAGCAGGGAUGGGAACUUUGUACUUUUGUAAUUGGUGUGUUUAUUUAGAAGAGUAGUGUGAUGAGGCAAAAUUGAUGAUUCUCUGGGAAGUUUGUUCACAGCACCCCUCCCAAAUGAUAAUGGUAAUAGAGGAAGACAAACCACUUUUGCUUCUAAAGGAGCCAUGUGUUGUGAUUUUUCCCCUUUCAAAGCUCAUUCACCAAAGAGACAGGUGGGAAGAGGUGCAAUUAAUACUUUGCGAUGUAACUUUUAAAAUAUUAGAACUGUGUUGCAUAUUCUCUAGCUUUCAGGUUGAGAACAACAAUUUCAGUGGGGCAGAAAUAUUUUGACAGAAAAAAGUAUUUGUAAACAAUCACUCCCCUCCUUUUCUGUUCUGUAUUGUUGUUUUCCCUGGAGGCAAGUGCUUUUGCACCUAUUUCCGCCCACUCUGCACUGCUGGCCUUCCUCAUUUAAGUCACAUAGUGAUUCCCACUAAGAGUAUUGAGUAAACAGGAUGACAUCAUUGCAGCCCAAGGACAAGGAACCUUUUUCAGCUCCCGGCCUGCAUUCACUCUGUGGGGUCACAUGACAGUGGUGAAGAGGGCCAGAGCAAUGGAUGGCAUACCUUUCCACAGUAGGCUAGAUUUUACACUCCCUCUUACACUCCUCGCGAUGCUCCAUCCAGGCAAGCAAGGAGCAUUACCUGAGUUCAAGGACACAUUCCAGCCAGGCAAAAACUCCAAGGAGGCUGCAAAGCAGUGCUGAUGAGGGCCGAGUAGGGUGGCUGGGCAAAGUCCCAAGAACAAGAUAAUAAAGGCCUGAAUGGCUGCAACUGGCCCGUGGGUCCGAGAUUCCUUCUCCCUGUAACCAAUUAAAUACAGCAGUGUAUUGGAUGGCACUGGGAUCAAUUAAGAAACAGGAUAAUCCUUCCUGGUUUAGUCACAUGAGUGACCCCAUCAAAUCCGCUUGAUUUUUUUUUGUUCUUUCCAAAGCAUGUUUUUUAGUAAUCAAAAAGCUUUCGGCAGAGGGGAAAUUAAGUCUAAGUAUUAUCAAUGGAAACCAUGAAAAAUGAGUUGGUGAAACAGCUCAGUCGGUAGAGCAUGAGACUCUUAAUCUCAGGGUUGUGGGUUCAAGCCCGACAUUGGGCAAAAAGGUUUCUGGCAUUGCAGGAGGUUGGACUAGAUGACCCUUGUGGUCCUUUCCAACUCUAUAGUUCUAUGAUUUGAAUGUGUAAAAUUUCAGGCAUUUGUUCCACUGGAAGCAUUUGUCAGUUCAGAAUUACACACACACACACACACACACACACACACACACACACACACACAAAUUCUAAAUUCCUAAUUUAGAGUUGCUGAGAGUUGCACCAACUAACCGAGCAUGUAGCUAUAGUUUUUCAUUUGAAUCGAGCCCCCAGACAACUGGAUCAUGCUUUGGAGGCAUUGAGAUUAUUCCGGUGCAACUGAACAGCUGCUUGACAUGAGUGAUGUAAUGCAAGAACUUAAUUAAACAAGACUGAGAGGAAAAUAAAGAGAUGAUAUGAAAAUUUGCCAAUAUUAUUUCCCUCUACGAAGCACCCAUGCUUGAAGAGGGAGCUGGAAGUGGGGAGAAAAGAGCAUAUCUGGUCCAGUCCUUUUAGUUUCUGAUGAGAAUGCUUGCUGAGGGACAAGCUAGCUAAGGCCGGACAUCCUAGCAGCUGCUCUCCCUAUACACAGAAGGUUGGCUUGCUAUCAGCAUUUGCUUAAAAUCCCCCUUGAUACCACAUUCUUGGUUCUUAUGUCAUUCUCAGCACUGCUUGUUCACAAAAUUAUUCAAAGCUCAUUACUUCCUCGUGUGUGUGUGUGAGAGAGAGAGAGAGAGGUCAUGGGUCAUGGUUCUUACAGCUACUGAUAGCCCUAUACCUAAGACAUCAAUGAUGGUUGGCCCCACUGAGAUUGGCAGAACGGAAGGCAGGGAGUCUGGCAGUAGGCAGAGUCAAUGACAAGCAGAGCCAUCUCAUUCUAGUUUUGUGCCCUGUCCUCUGCUGAGUUUUACAAGGACAACAUGGGAAACUGAAGAGAAGGAAGCUGACACGUGGGAGUGGUUAAAGGCAGAUUGACGUUGGUGGGACAGUGUCCUGUUCAUUCUAAUGGACCCAUCUCCACUGCCCACACUUUCCCUUAAAACCCCCAAGGAAAAACAGUUCUCUUACCAUCUCCAAGCCCUCCCAGAAGAGAGUGACCACUUGCUAGAUAUGGCAGCAGUCUGACUUAGCAAAAGGCAACUUGCUACCUUCCAAGUGAAAGCAGUUCAGAGUGGGAGUAUGGCUUCCUAUAAUAAUCACAUAGGUAAUCCUAGCCAAUCAAGAAUAGCCCUUCAACAGGCGCUGCAGUGUGUUGAACAUUUUUGCAAAAUACAUACACGCAAACUGCUGUUUUCUGCUGCUCCAGCCUUGUUGCUGUAUUAUGGCUUUUUAAAAUACAGAUUGAUUAUUUUGUUGAACGGAAGCUCAAGAAGAAUAAACCAUUUUGAUAUGAA